AUCGAUAGCUUAGGGUGCCACCCCUAGUGCUUACAACAAAAUCCAAAUUUAUCGGACAAAAUUAUUUCAAAAAACAUUUCUUACCCGUUUUGGAACCCAAGGAAACCAGUGCGCUUGCCAUGCAAUGUUAUAAACUGGCCAGCAGGCGCAGCUUAUACAAUGCACGGGUGCUCCAAGCGGAUCAAAUCGGGGAACAUCACCAUAGUCGGGAUCUGGAGGCAGCCCGACAAAAUGCCCGGAUAGUUGUAGUCGGCGCAGGUCUAGCCGGUCUUUCGGCCGCCCAACAUCUGUUAUCGCACGGUUUCCGGCGAACAGUUGUUUUAGAAGCAACUGAACGCUAUGGUGGCAGGAUCAACACACAGCGCUUCGGCGACACCUAUUGUGAACUGGGUGCCAAGUGGGUUAAGAUUGAUGGAUCUCAGGACUCAAUGUACGAACUCCUGCGGAAUACAGAAGGCUUAGGAAAGCAGAUUAAGCAACCGGUACGAACUACCUAUGUUAAAGUGGAGCAAGAAGGAUGUCAUAUUAAGCCAGCCAUGGUUGAGCUUAUCGACACCCUUUUCCGGCAGCUCUGCCGCGGGUUUAAGCUCUCCGAUCGUGUAAAAACCGGUGGAGACCUGCAAUCUCUGGACAAUGUGAUGAACUACUUUAGGGCCGAAAGCGAUCGCAUCAUUGGGGCCUCCUUCCAAAAGCCGGAGGAUCAGUUGGCGGCACGAGAGAUCUUUCAGUCGCUCUUCAAGGAGUUCGGAAGCGUUCUGGGAUGCUGCCUGGAGUACGUGAACAUCGAACACAUAACCAAGUCUCCAGUGCAGCAGGAAAAACGCCCGCUAUAUGUGCCCACCGGUCUUGAUAAUGUGGUAGAUGAUCUUAUCCAGCAAUUGGACAAGCAGCAUCUGCAGACGGGCAAGCCAGUGGGGCAGAUACAGUGGACACCAGCGCCUUUGAAAAGUGUAGGAUGUUUGGAUGGCAGCCUUUACAGCGCGGAUCACAUUAUAUGCACUUUGCCUCUGGGUGUGCUAAAAAGCUUUGCUGAAAUCCUAUUCCGUCCCACGCUGCCGCUAGACAAAAUGUUGGCCAUUCGAAAUCUUGGCUUUGGAAAUCCCCUCAAGAUUUAUAUGUCCUACAAAAAGCCUAUUAGUCGUUGGCUAAAGAGUAACUUGCGACCACUGGGAACGCUUUUAAAUUCCUCGCUGAAAAAGACUCCAGAACACAACUGGACGCAGCAGGUGGUGGAGAUCAGCCAGGUGCAAAGCAGUCAGCAUGUUCUGGAAGUGCGUAUGGGUGGCGGGUAUUACGAGGAGAUUGAAAAGCUACCCGAUGAUAAGCUUAUGGAGCAAAUAACCGGUUUGCUAAGGCGUUGUAUAAGCAAGCACCUGGUGCCAUACCCACAAGAAUUAUUGCGCUCCAACUGGAGCUCCUCGGCAUGUUACCUGGGCGGACGUCCGUACUUCUCCAUCAGCAGCAGUGCUCGUGAUGUCCAGCGUUUGGCCGCUCCACUUGGCGAGAAGUCACCAAGCCUACUCUUUGCUGGAGAUGCAACAUCACUUAAUGGCUUUGGAACUAUCGAUGCCGCCCGCUCCAGUGGCAUCCGAGAGGCUCAACGCAUUAUUGAUUUCUAUCGCAAUAGCAAGCACAGAGGUUAAAUGGGAUCGAAAACCAAAUUGGCUGCAAAAUUGUACAGUAUAUUAAAGUAGAAACGCACUAGCCCAAAUUUAUAGUUACAAUUUGUUGUAUUUUUAAGCAGAAUACAUAUGUUUUAAUUACGCGUAGAACGUUAACAAUAAAAGCAUUAACAACAUCAA